AUGCUGUUUUUGGAUGAUUUUUUGGAAAUGUUGGAUGAGCUCCCUAGUGAGUUGAAGGAAAGAUGUGCUGAACUCCGAAGUCUUGAUGAAGUUGUACAAACUGGCUUGGAGAAGAACGAUCAAGCCAUCCUCGAGUAUUUCAAUGAAGCUGAAAGAAUGAGUGAAACUGAAAAGCAAGAAAGAUACCAGCAGUUAAAAACUGAAUAUCAGCGUUUGAGAACUUUAGCUGAAGACAAGGUAGCGAUUGCUGAGAGAAUGCAAGAGCUGGUGGAGAAAUACGUUCAACAUCUAGAAAAAGAAAAAACUCAUUUCAAAUAUGAAUUAGAAGCUGACAACCCAGGAGUCACGGAGAAUAUUGAAACUCGGUUCUCUACUUAUGUCCAAUCUGUCAUUUCUAUGAGGAAAGAAAGAAAGCGAAAACAUAACAACAAUGGACAGAAUGGGUCUUCUCAGUUGUAUCAAGACAUGCUGUCAAAACCAAGAAAAAUGUCGAGUGAUGAUUUCUUACUGUCUUCUGCAGUUCAAUCAGACUUAGGGUUGGUCGAUGAUGAUUUGUUCCCUCUCUCAUUAUCUUCUCAUCAUAAUAAUUCUCAUGCAAUCUCCAACAGAAUGAAGAAGGAUAGAGAUGAUCAUCAACCAAAAAAACGUCCAUCAAUUAGCCAUUCACUGAAAAAUUCAGCAUCCGUUUCAUCAUCUCUGACUGGGCUUGGGGGAAUGUCACCAGCGGUUUCGGAAAAGAGUUGGUCUGGUUCUGUUGCUGCGGAUGACCAUUCGCCGAACAGCUCCUUCCUCGGGGCUUCGUUCGGGCUCUCAACCCCUGCUCUCUCAUUUGUCGGUGCGGAAAGUCGACAUGGAAGGCCUAGGAAAUUGACUUCUCGUGUACAGGAAAUGUUCACAGAGGCAGUCCAAAGGCAACGCAGACAUCAUUCUAAUUCCCAUCAAGUUGAGCUUGACGGUGAUCUUGAAGAAAACUCUGAUUCUGAUGAUAAUUGUAGAUCUUGGUGUUUCUGCGGUUCACCAAGCUACGGCCAAAUGGUAGCCUGUGAUAACAAACAGUGCCGAUAUCAAUGGUUCCAUUAUGGCUGUGUAGGUGUUGAGAGUAUCCCCAAAGGUAAAUGGUACUGCCCCGAUUGUUCUUCCCGUCUCGAUAUUAAUACCUUGUUAUCCAAAAUACCUGAACCAGCUUUAUACUAA